CAGCACAGAAUAUAGGAAUCAUCAGGACAGGUACUUGGCAGAUGUCUUCCCUUGAAUAGAAAAUGCAUGUGUGAAUAAGACUUUCUGACUGGUCUAUGUGUUUUUGGCUUCAGAAGGAAUGGUCAGGUUGACUUUUGGCAUGUGCUAUUGCUUCAUCCCCAAGCUAGUCCUGGUGGCUUGGUAUAUUCUGCUAAUAAUUGAGAACACCUAUUCCUGGAAGGAAUGGGUCCCCCGCCUUCGCCUCUCACACCAAGACCUGCUGAGAUCAAACAGCUCCCGCCUGCUGUUGAACUCAGAGACUGACCUUGCAUUCCAGUCACUCCUCCUGGAUGAGAAGAGGGCUUGGCUGAUGGUGGGAGCAAAGGACCGUGUAAUUCUUCUGCACCUUGACAGUCCUAACAGGGAGCCUCAGGAGGUUUUCUGGCCAGCUCCUAAUGAACAAGUGAAGCAUUGCAGACUGGCUGGGAAGAAUCCUGAGACGGAAUGUGCCAAUUUCAUUCGCUUUCUGCAGCGUUUCAACCACACUCAUGUGUUUGCCUGUGGAACUGGCUCCUAUCAACCUGUGUGUGCCUUCAUCCAACUCAGAGCUGGAGCAAAGGAAUCAGGAAUAUUAGCUAUGCACCUGAUGACCCAUUCCACAGAAUCUGGGAGAGGCAAAUGUCCAUAUAGCCCCCAUGAGCAUUUUACAGGACAGCUAAUAGAUGGGGAACUUUAUUCAGGCACUUCCACUGACUUUAUGGGAAGCAAUGCUGCUUUCUUCCGAACUCAUCUUGACAGGCCUGAACAAAACUACAUCAGGACGGAGCAGAACCAAGAUGAUUGGUUAAAUGAGCCAGUGUUUAUUGAGGCCCAUGCCAUUCCUGAUACUUACAGCCACGAGGAUGAUAAAGUGUACAUCUUUUUCCGGGAAACUGCAGUGGAAGCUGGACAGUGGGAAAAAAGGCGUAUCCAUGCUCGUGUGGCGCGAGUCUGCAAGAAUGAUAUUGGUGGGAAGCAUAGCCUUAUCAAUCGCUGGACCACUUUUCUUAAAGCGCGGCUGAUCUGCUCUAUCCCAGGUCUCCAGGGCACCGAAACACAUUUUGAUCAGCUGGAAGAUGUCUUCCUCCUUCAAACCCGUAACAUACAGAACCCUCUAGUUUUUGGCCUCUUCACAGUUUCCAGUGGCAUUUUUAGUGGUUCUGCAGUAUGUGUUUAUUCCCUGGCAGCCAUUCGAGCUGCCUUCAAUGGACCUUUUGCACACAAGGAAGGCUUUGAUUAUCAGUGGGCUGAAUAUAAAGGACGGAUCCCUUACCCUCGGCCUGGAACAUGUCCCAGUGAAACAUAUGACCCAUUCCUGCAGUCAACCAAGGACUUCCCCGAUGAAGUGAUUAGCUUCAUGCGUACUCAUCAUCUGAUGUGGGACCCCAUCUACCCACUCCAUAGGAAGCCCGUUCUGAUUAGAGUCAAUGUGCCUUUCGGUAUCCGGCAUCUGUUGGUGGACAGAGUGGAGACUGAGGCAGGACACGUUGAUGUCCUCUUCCUUGGAACAGAUGAAGGCAAAGUGCUUAAGGUGGGCGUCUCCAACCUAGAAGGUCGAGGCUCUCAGGAGAUCAGCUUGGAAGAGAUCCAGGUUUCAAAGGUACCUUCAGCUGUCUUAGACAUGCAAUUUUCUCUAAAGCGGCAGGAACUGUUUGUGAGCACUGCCCAAGGGCUGGUGCAGCUCUCCAUGUACCGCUGUGAACUCUAUGGCAAAACGUGUGCCGAUUGCUGCCUUGCUAGAGAUCCGUAUUGUACCUGGGAUGGCAAGUCCUGCAGGGCUGUUCUGCUCACUAAGAAAAGGCGAGCACAGUGCCCAAAUGUGCUGAAGACCAAUCCAAUCAAUCAGUGCCUGGAUGCUGCAAAAGGCACCCCCAUGGCAGAAGAAAAGGUGAUAUUUGGUGUGCAGAACAAUUCAACAUUCCUUGAGUGCCAUCCACUUUCUCCCCAAACCAAGAUUCGUUGGCUAGUACAACGCAGCAACACAAUAGCUCUGGAGAAGGUUGAGAACACAGGUCGCUUUUCAAUCUUAGAGCAAGGGCUGUUGAUUAAUCAGCUGACCCAACAGGAUGCUGGGCUCUAUCAGUGCCAAGGAAUGGACAGCUCUUUUUCUCAAACCCUUACCUACUAUAAACUACGCAUCAUAGGGCAGCAGGCCAUGGAGGCUGUAACCUCUAAGCUUGGCAAGAAUGCAGAAACCAAAGGGAACCACCACAGUGGCCUCCCUCCCGUGUCAGGCCUUCAGCUUCCUUACAAAGGCUACUCCUGGGCAUCUGGUACUAAUUUAGUUGAAUUCUGCAACGCUCUACAACAAAGGAAAAGACUGAGACCCAAAGUCUGGACCUCAAGGUGGCAGCAGCAUCCUUCAGAAAGCAAGAAAGGCAGAGUACGUCGACAGCCUGGCUCCUCCAGGCGAGAAGAAAGGCCAGUCUGAAUUCUACCUCUUUGACAUGAGAUCUAAAUGGGCUCUCUAACUAGAUUCUAUGGGUCUCUUAACCAAUUCAGUUCCAUCAAGGCACACUUGUAGAUAUUUACUGGGGUGUUCUGUGCUCUCCUGCUUCAAAAAUAAAAAAGCCAAUCUCUUCUUCCCUCACCUGAAAUACUAGGUGUUACUUUUUUCCUCCUCUUGGGUAGCAAAGGAAACUGGACCAUAGCAAGGAACAUGGUGGUCUCAGAUCACACUGACUGAUUGAUGGCAAGGUUAUUCCCAAGUGUGAAAUGAACAAGAGGGCUUUACCCACUUGUAGCACCUAUGUGGUACAGUCCUCUUCGUUGUCUUUUUCUAAUAAAAAUAACCA